UUUAAGAGAUCUAAAAUAUAUAUUUUUGCGUUUUAGUUAAUUACAUUUCGGAAUAACAAAAUUAGUAGCUAUCGAAAAUUUUUGUUACGUUUUGAGAAUUAGAGUUUACGUUUAUCGGGUUUUGCGGAUAAUUGACGCGCCUCGCGGUUACCAUUUUUGGAUAUUGGGUCCAGAGGGAAUUAUUGCGUUAUUAGGCCAAAAUAUUACCGAGCCACGCAAUUUAUUCAAAUUAAGACCUCUCUAUUGUUUUCGCGGAAACGUGUAGGUGCAGGUGAGAUACUGCCGCUCAGAUAAGUGGAUUUACGGGGUAGGAUGGGUUUUGAGUUUAGUUUUAGGGUGGAAGGCCACGCGAGUAAUCACGACCAUUACCGUCGCGUGGAUUGCCAAAAAGGUCGAUUUAGGUUACGUUUACGUUAAAAUUUAGAGCGAUAGAAAAUAAAAAUAAGUCGCGAAAAUAUUAUUUUGUUUUAGUUAUUUAGUUACGUUUCUUCUAACCGCGGAGAUAGAAUUUGAGUUACGCGAACAUUUGAACUUUCGCGCCGAGACCUGCCAGGCCAACUCUGCGUUGCCAUAACGCCUGGAGCGCUACGCUCCCGUCGGUUGCCAUGCGCCAACCUGUUGCGUAGCAACAGUUUCUACGCAGACGUCGCCGGCAUCACCACGUGUUGCAUCAGCGUCAAGCGAAUUAAUAGUGAAUUUAGUGCUAAUUAGUUUGUUGGUUGUGCUCGAACCAUCGCCAGGAGAACACCAAAUCAUCAGGACAACUAUUCGAGGACCCUUGAAGUCGAAUUGACCCGUUGUCCGGGAGAUAGCCGAUCAUUGUCUCCCAGCGCGUAUACGUCGCGACCCCCGAAUUUUCUCGCACUAACUGCAGUCGUCCAAGGGACAUUCACAAUGUCGGACCCAAACGAUUUAGCGGGGCCCAGUGACUCGUCCGAAGAAAAUACUACACCUCCACAGGGCGACUUUGAUUGGAUAAAUAAUUUUGAUCUUGAGUUAUUCGGUGAUUUUGCCAUUGAAAAUAAUUUUGAUGGAGAUUUAUUCGAAAAUUUUAAUUUUGCGCUCUUUGAUAUUCAAUGUGGUGGUGGUGAAAAUGUUGUGAGUGACCCUAAGGCUUUGGAAGCUGUUGAAGAGUUUAAUCUAGAUUUACUAGAUCAGCAGAAUGAUCAACAAAAUGGCCGCGAAGAAGAGAUUGAAAAUCGAUUGCCGGCCUUAAGGACAAUACGACGAUCACGCCAGAGACUUCCACGUUUCAAACUCGACACACAUGUGAUGGAGUUUGCAAUCAACCCUUUACCUGAAAGUCGUGACCCUGCCGACUGGGUUGAAGAAGCUUUUCGUGAUGUUUAUAAUAAAAUUAUUGAGGCUGGAGGACGUGGUAUGAAUCGAAUGUGUCUUACAUUCAAUUUUGCAAAUAUGCAAAGAGACAAUGCCUGGAUAAGUCCACGUGCGAUCAAAGGAUAUGAGUUUCAAGAUCUAUGGAAUCUUGUCAGCUCUAUCGCGCAGAGCGCAAACGGUUUCGGAUGUGCCGAUAAGUUUUGGAUCAAACUUCACGUGGCUGAAGCCCCGGUAGGUCAAGGUUUCCUUGAAAACGGCAUGAAAAGAGGGCUUAGUAGAAAAUGUAUCCUUCAGAUUUCGAAUGAAGAUGGCUUGUGUCUAGCCCGAUCACUUGUUGUGGCCAAAGCACAUGCAGAAAAAUUAAAAAUCAGAGCUGAUAAGGGCAAGAUCCACGAGGUAUGGCAGGCAAUCCGGCAAUGCAAGGGAAAAAUGCAACGUAAGGAGGCCGAAAGACUAACUCGAAGGGCAGGAGUCAUUGCUCCUGACGAAGGCUGUGGUCUACAGGAAGUUGCUCAAUAUCAGCGAUACUUGGCUGAAGAAGGAUGCCUUAUCAAGGUCUAUUCCCUCAUGAGAAACGGAAAAGAUCACCCUGUGCUCUACGAUGGUACACCUGAAUUGAUUAGCAGAAAGAUGGCCGUCCGAUAUACCUUACCGAUUGUGUAUUAUCCUGAAGAAAACCACUAUGAGCCAAUCCAAAAUUUACCUUCAUUCUUUGGCGUGAAGUAUUAUUGCGAGCAUUGUAACAAACCUUACACUACGCAAGGACAUGUUUGUGAUAGGACUUGUGAUAGGUGUUUGAAGAAUCCUCCGUGUGACUCUACGAUUGUUGAUAAAAUAGUGUGUGACGAUUGUAAUCGAGAGUUUCACGGGCAAUUGUGCUUCGAUCAACAUAAGAAACCAGGAUCUUUCAGCGGAAAUAACCCCACCGUCUGUGACUAUAUAAAAUUGUGUGGCCAAUGUAAUACGAAAAUUGAUCAUCGCAAAACUCAGAAUCAUGUGUGCCAUAAAUAUUAUUGCAACGUAUGUCAAAAGGACGAAGAUAUUUCUCAUCUCUGCUAUAUGCCCACCUUAAAAAGCAAGAAAAAAUUGACUUUGAAACGCGUGGCGUUUGUUUUCUACGACUUUGAAACCAGACAGGAUGAGCUUCUGCAAGGAACUACAGAUGUCAACGUACACAUUCCUAAUCUUUGCGUUGCCCAAACUGUGUGUGAUCGUUGUGCAGAUAUGACCGACGAUUACAUUGUGAACGCCAACGAUAAUCACGGAAAUCCGUGUGGCGUGUGUAAACAUCGGGAAAAUGUUUUCGAUGGUGAGGAUCCUGUGCGAGGAUUUGUUGAUUACAUCACGUCGAUGGGUAAGACGUAUAAAAAAGUAGUUUGUAUUGCACAUAACGCGAAAGGCUAUGAUUCACAAUUCGUUUUGAGAGACGUCAUGAAACGCAUUAACAGCCAAAUUAAAGCAAUAAUUAACGGAACAAACAUUAUCUUGAUGGAUUUUGGGGAUAAUAAAUUUAUAGAUAGUUUAAAUUAUUUUCACUUGGCUCUUGCAAGUUUACCGAAAGCUUUUGGAUUGGGGAAUAUAGCGAAAGGUUAUUUUUCACAUUUUUUCAAUACAAAAGACAAUCAAAACUACGUAGGAUCUAUACCUGAUAGAAAAUAUUACGGUGCUGACACUAUGGGUGUCCAAGAUCGUGAAAAAUUCUUAUCGUGGUAUAAUGAUCGUGUCGAAGAAAAUUAUGAAUUUGAUUUUCGUAAAGAAAUUCUUCAUUAUUGCAGACUUGAUGUUACAAUUUUGAGACGAGCCUGUGUUGAAUUUCGAAAACUGAUUAUGAAUGCUGGAAAUGUAUGUCCUUUUACAGAGUGUGUAACGAUUGCGUCUACAUGCAUGCGUAUUUUUCAAACAAAUUUCUUAAAAGACAAGCAGAUAGGCAUUAUACCUCAGGGAGGAUAUCGGUUAGGGAAAACGCAGUCGAAAAUCGCAAUUGAAUGGCUCUUGUGGCGCGAACAUUGCGAGAAUCAUCGAAUAAUACAUGCCGGACGAACUCGUGAACACAGAACAGCAUCAGGCCUGCGUCUAGAUGGUUUUUGGGAGGAUACCGCGAAUAAUAAUAAAAAAUAUGCAUAUCAGUUCCACGGGUGUUAUUGGCACGGAUGCCCACGGUGUUUCAAAUUCAAUAGAGAUAAAGAGUUGAGUCACAAGGAUACACUAGAGAGUCGAUAUGAGAGAACAGGGGCAAUUACACGGGAAUUGCGACACUCGGGUUAUGAAGUCGUUGAAAUGUGGGAAUGCGAUUUUAUUCGUCAAAAAAAGACAGAUCAUGUGUUGGCGAAUUUUGUAGAAAACGUUGAUCAGCAAAUGUUUAUAGCGCUGGAUCCGCGCGAUGCAUUUUUCGGGGGACGAACAGGAAAUACCGUAACACAUUAUGACGUAAAAGAUAAUGAGAAAAUUCGCUAUGUUGAUGUUUGUUCGUUAUACCCAUACGUUUUAAAGACAGGGGUUUUCCCGAUUGGCCAUCCUACUGUCCAUGUGGGGCGUGAUUGUCAGCUUAUAUGCCCUAAUAAUAAUAUUUCGCGGAUAGAAGGUCUCGUGAAAUGUCGCGUUUUACCCCCUCGUCAAUUAUUUCACCCUGUUUUACCAGUAAAAGCCCAUGGAAAGUUACUGUUCCCUCUCUGUCGAUCAUGCUGCGAUGAUCUUGUACAAGACAAUUGCCCUCAUGAUGAUCCCGCUGAUCGCGAAUUUUUGGGAACUUGGGUCGCUCCAGAACUUCGUAAAGCCGUAGAAAUGGGGUACAAAAUAUUAGAAAUCAGUGAGCUUUGGGAGUAUAAGAGUACUACGCGUUAUAAUCCUGUGACGCGAACAGGUGGAUUAUUUGCCGAAUACAUUAACACUUUUUUGAAAAUAAAACAAGAGGCUUCGGAUUGGCCUGCUGAGUGUGUAGAUGAUGAAUCAAAGAAUAGAUAUAUGGCUGAAUAUGAGGCGCGAGAAGGUAUAAAACUUGACAAAGAUAAAAUUCAAAACAAUGCCGGAUUAAGAGCCGUAGCAAAACUUUGUUUAAACUGUCUCUGGGGUAAAUUUGGGGAGAGGGAGAACUUGACAAAAAAAGCUAUUAUUCGAACACAUGAGGAAUUUGCAAAUAUAAUGUUUAAUCCUGAAAUUGAAGUCACAGGACUUGUUCCUGUCGAUAACGACACUCUCUUCAUGUCCUGGAAACAUUUAAACGAAGCAGCGGAAAUGUCCACUAAGGCUAAUGUUGUUAUUGCGGCUUAUACAACCGCUCACGCGCGUCUAAAGUUAUAUUCUUAUCUAGAAAAACAACAAGAACGUGUUUUAUAUUAUGAUACAGAUUCGGUAAUUUACGUCAGCGAUGGAUCAAAUGAAUGACCGUUAGGGAAUUUUCUAGGGGAGUUGACCGACGAAGUAGAGGGCUACGGAGAAGGAAGUUUCAUUACUUCUUUUGUCUCUGGGGGGCCUAAAUUUUCCACUUAUCGCGUAAAAAAACCGGACGGCAGUAUCGCGGAAGUUAGUAAAAUAAAAGGGGUUAGACUGAAUUAUGAAUCGCGUAAACAAAUUCAUUACGACUCGAUUCGCGCGCUCGUUGUCGAUAAAGCAGAUCCCUACCAGAUCGACUAUCAUGGUAUUCGUCGGACAGUGUAUCAUGACGUCAUCACGAAACCUGAGAGUAAGAUCGUACGUGCGACAGGCCCAAAACGGCGGCUUGAUGGUUUUGCGACUCUGCCCUAUGGUUUCAAAAAACCGCGAUUUAACCGCUGCUAGUUGGCGCGCACUGUUUAUUUAUAAAUUAAGUAUUUUAUGCAUUUAGAUUGAUUGUAGUAGUUUUGUAUAAUAUUGUUACGCACGAAAAACGUUUGUAGGUCUUCAUUAUUUAAUAAUUAAUUAAACAAUUUAAAGAGUAGGGGUUAUCCCGACACUCGAUCAAUAUUUAUUUGUAGAGUCGAAUAGUUAUUAUCAAUGGAUAGGGAAUCGUUUGUUGAUAAUUGAUAUCCAACUUCCAUAUUUUUAAUUUUAUUUGU